GCUGGCAACACUGCCGCGUCGUUCAUAGUGGUGCAGGUCUCCAUUUUCAUCAUCGCAAAAUCGCAAGAGGCCAAGGGGCUCCCGUUCACCUUGUAAUGUUCUCGGUUGCUGUAGCUACACAAACACAACUAGUAGGCUAGACAACUUGACAGAGGAUUUCGUGUGUCGAAAUUGACAGGGUGGAGUAGUGAAAUAGAAUUAUUGUGCUUGACGUUGUUGAGUGACCUUGGCGUCUUGGGAUAUCAAUUAGAACUCCCAGAUUUCGGGUGGAUUGCGCACAAACCGGCAUUAUGGGGGAAACAUUGAGUAAAGAUAUUCAGCCUGAAGAGUUGGCGAUUUUCAAAAAAUUACCGACGAAUACUCUGCUGGACAAUAUACAGAUCCCUGAGAGGCCGGAAAACAGACGACCAACUGAUUCCAAAUUCAUAAUCGUGUUUGCCGUGGUUUUAGUACUUUUGCUUCCGUUUUUGAUAUACACCCUGAUCUAUUCAGAUAUCGACAGAUUCUCGGGAUAUGAUCAGUGCGGAAAUAUUUGCGGCAAGAAGAAUUCGAAACAAGGUGGCAUCGAUUGUUCAGGACAAGACUUUACCAGAUUUCCAUACUUACAAAUAGAUUUGGAUAGUAAUCAUCCAGACUUGAGUGGCCUAGGAAUAUCCCCUAGAAAAUGUGUUGAAAGCUGUUCAAAUAAUUACGUGCAAAUUUUUGGAAAUUGCUACUUGAAACAAUCCUCUACCUAUCGUCCUAACUACUACAACAACUUCAACACAGAUUUCGACCGUUUCAAACGUAAAGCUGACUACGACACCACAGAAGAAGAAAAAAUUGUAAACGACUUGACUGAAUAUUUGAACAGGCAUGCCUGGAGGAUUGUGCUCUGCUGUUUUCUAUCACUGGGUGUGGCCUUGGGUAUGUUGGUCCUAUUCAAAGCUGCAACUGCUGCAGUUGUAUGGGGUAUUUUAGGAGGUGUCCUUAUUUUUGGAGCAGUUUGUGUUGGUGGACUUUGGUAUUUCUACCUCAACAUGGAUAAAUACCUUCAUGAUGGAAGGAACAAUGCGAAAAGCAACAAAAAUGGAAUCCUUGGCCUCAACAUUUUCUUCACAAUAGGCUUGCUGGUCCUGCUUUGUGUUAUGGUCUUCAUGUACAGAAAAAUUCAGUUGGUCAUCCAGCUGCUGAAGGAAGCCACCAAAGCUGCUUUCAGUAUGCCACUACUCAUUUUCACUCCAAUUAUAACUUUCUUUUCGGAAGCUAUCAUUGUCGCCCUCCUGAUCACGACCAGCGUCUACAUGUCCUCGUCGGGUAUCUUGACACCGUUGAUAAGCGGUUUCUACCAGUACCAAAUGAACAACUUUAUGGUCUUCACUUUGCUCUUCAACUUUUGGAUGGCCUUCUGGUCCAUUCAGUUCGUCAUCGGCAUCCAGUACAUGGUCAUCGCAGGAGCUGUCGCCACUUGGUAUUUCUCCAAGAAUAAGCAUAACUUGGACAGUCCUAUAACUAGAAGUGCGAGCAUUGUUUUCCGUUUCCAUCUUGGCAGCAUCUUUUUCGGUUCUUUGGUCAUCACUAUUAUGGCGAUUAUUCGUGCUCUGCUCUCCUCUAUCACCAAGAACAAGAAUCUCAAAGCGUGCGUUGACUUUUGCACAGGCACCAUCGAAUCUUUCCUCAAGUUUUUGUCCAAAAACUCCUACAUCUUGACAGCAAUGCACGGAAAGCCGUUUUUCAAAUCUGGCAAGAGAGCAGCAAAGAUCAUCUUCCAGAACGCUGUCAACAUCGCUUCCGUCAACUACAUUGGAGAUUUCGUAUUGGGAAUGGCUCAGCUUCUGAUCGUGUUGAUAUCUUUGCUUAUUACUGCCGGGGUCAUGUCGGGUGCUGAGGGAAAUUAUGUCGGUGCAGUUUAUGUCAUUGUCUUCAUUGUGUCUCUAGCAGUUGCCGUCACAUUCUUCUCAAUUUUCGAGACCACCAUCGAUACGAUCUUUUUGUGCUUCUGCGAGGAUAGUCUUCUGAACGACGGUAUGUCGAGACCGUACGCCAUGUCUAGGGAUCUGAUGGAGUUUGUAGAAAACUCCAAGCUGCUUUACGGAGACAAGAAGUAAGAUGGGGACCCACGCACACCGAUGUUUAUCAAUGUCUUCUAUAGAGAAUGUUAUUUUUGAGAUUUUUUCCAUACCAAUAAUCGUUGGUAACUUUGAUGUUUUGCGAAGUGAAUGUAGAUCGACCGUAGAGGGAAAAAAUUGUCCAGUCAAUCGUAAGUUUAUUCAUUCCACAGACACAGAAUAAUUGUUUUUUUUUCUCUUCAAUAUGUGCCGUUUUUUUUUCUCUCUGAACAGGACCAUUUAUGAUAGUUUUUUUGGGGAAUUUUUUCUUGACUUAUGAUGAAUGGGAUACACGGUCGAUUUUUGUUUACAUUUUUCAAACUGUAGACUUUGUGUUUAACUAAAAUGCUUAAUGAAUAAGGGCCUUACAAGAUGCGUUAAAAGUAGUCUAUAUAUUUAUGUAAUGAUCAUUAUUAAAUGAAAAGUCUAAUUUCUGCUUAAUUGUCUAGCCAUAUAAGGAAUAAGCAAGAACCAAUGUUGGUUAGUUGAGAUAUUUGAAAAACAAUUGGGACUUUUCAAAUAAUGUUUUUCAGAGUUGAUAUUUAUUUUUUUAUUGAUGUUAGCUAACUAUCAGCGCAUAAGCCUGACAAUACAUUGAAGAAUAGAUGAAAUGAAACAUAUUUUUUACUGCUGUUUUUCGGAAUCUUUCGGUCUACUAGUUUAUUUUGUAAUGUGUUCUAUAAUAUUAUAUGUUACAACUUGUUAUAAAGUUCUUGUAUGAAUGUA